AUGCCAGUGAAAGCGCAAGAAAACUUACCUAUUUUCACAGAUGUUCUUAGCGAAAUUAGCUCAAUUGAGGAGGGUAGUGGUGUUCAAUCCGUGAUUAUUCUAGGAGACUUUAACGCACAACCUGACCAACUAUUCUUUACCGAGCUCAAUACCUUUUGCACGGACAGAUCUUGGGUGUGCGCAGAUAUAGAAUUUUUAGGGAUUCAUUCAGACACGUUCACCUACUUUGAUACGUUUCAUCGUAGGGGCAGUUGGUUGGACCAUUGUAUUGUCUCGCAAGCGGCUUGGCAAUCUACAGUUAACAUCGGAAUAAGUAAGGAUAUUUUUGUUUCCGAUCAUCUACCUAUAUUUAUUGAGUGCAACCUAGGUGCAAUUAGUCCUACCGCCGCGAUCCAAAAUACGUCGCGCAGUGCUGUAAUAUGGGGGGAAAGAGAUGAGGCU